GAGCUCGAGGCGUGGGAGGAGCAGAGCCGCUCCCUCGCCGAGAAGGACCGGGCCCUCCUGGAGCUCGAGCAGCGGUGCCGGCGCGCCGCGGAGAGCGAGCGGCGCCUCCGGUGGCUCGCCGCGGACCGCUCGGCCACGCGCGGGCUGCGGCGCUUCGCGCUGCACUGGGGCUGGAUGGGCUUCGAGAUCAUCGUCGCCGAGGCCCGGCUGUGCCGGGAGAUCUGCCGCCUCGAGGCCGCCCACAACCAGCACGUGGAGGAGCUGGGCGCGCGCCACGCGGAGGCGGAGCGGGCGCUGGCGGCCCAGGUGGCGGCGCUGGAGGCCGAGGGCGGGGAGUGCCUGCGGCGCGCCGAGGAGCUGCGCGAGCAGCUGGGCGCGGCGCGGGAGGAGCUGCGGUCGCAGCAGCACCGGGAGCAGGAGCUGGGCUCCCGCCUGGCCGAGUCGGAGGGCAGCUGGAGCGGGCGGCUGCGCAGGGCCCAGGAGGAGGCCCGGGAGGCGCUGAGGCGCGAGAGCGUGCAGGAGGCCCGGGCCGAGGGCGCUCGCCGCGGGCACCUGGCGGUCGUGCUGGAGCGGGCCCGAGCGCACGCGGCGGUGCUGGCGAGCGCCCAGGAGUGGCGCAGCGCCUCGACGGUCUUCUCCCACUGGUUCCUGGAGCACGCCCGCGCGAGGCAGCGGCGCCUGGAGGAGCAGUGGGACCGCCAGCUCUCCCAGGUCGAGAGCGACGUCGAGGCGCGGCGCCAGCAGGCGGAGCAGGAGCGGUCGCACAUGCGCCGGCGGCUGGCGGUGGCGCGGGCCAGCCUGGAGCACGAGCAGUCCCAGUCCGCCGACUGGGUCCUCAAGUGCCAGGCGCUCGCCGCGUGGGGCCACGCGGCCGGCUGCCAGCGGCAGGAGCGGCGCCAGCGCGCGGCGCGAGCCAGGGGCAUGUCGGCCGGGCAGGCGCUGGCGGGGUGCCAGGAGCGCGCUGUGGCAGCCGCCGCGCUCCGCUCGUGGCUGCUGGGCACCAGGAUGGAGAAGCAGGAGCGCUUCUACGCCUCCGAGGCGGAGCGCUGCGAGAGCGGCUGGGCCGCGCGCCUGCAGAGCUGCGAGGAGGCAGCCGAACUGCAGCUGCGCGAGGCCGAGGCGCGACUGCGCGCGGCGCUCGGGGACUGCGACGCGCAGCUGCAGGCGGCGGCGCUGGGCAGGGCCCAGGUGGAGGAGGACCUCGGCGCCCUGGCCGACCGGGCCUCCCGCGACCGCCGCCGCUGCGUGGACGCGGCGUGCUCCGCGCUAGGAACCCGCGGGCGCCACGCCCUACUGGCGAGGGCGCUGCAGCGCAGCUGGCAGGCGCGGUGCCUCGCGCGGCGCUGCGCGCGCCGCUGCGCCGCGGACGGCUGGGCCGCGCGCUGCUGGCGCCGCGACAGCCUGUCGCUCACGUUCUCGGCCUGGGCGCGCGCGGGCGAGGGCGCCCGAGCGGCGCGGGGUGCCCACGCCGAGUGCGAGCGGCGGCUCGGCGCGGCGCUCGAGGGGGCGCG